UCGACCACCAUCACUUUAAAGCUUCCAUAGAUAUAAUACAUAGUGGAUAUUUUACCGUGAAUGGCUAAGUUUCUACUAAUGCAACGCUAUUUUACCGUGAGUGCGCUCUGAUUGGCUAAGUACUUAAGGUUAAUAUAUAGGACUAACCCGUCAGGGCUCUAUAGCGCCGAUGUGACCGUUUCAUCUCAUCUAGAAAAACCUCAAAUUUCACCAUAUCAUAAUAAAAUGACAGUUCACAGCUUAUAUAUUCUGAGCAAGUCAGGAGGACUCAUAUACCAGCAUGACCACAACAUACCAACUGUUGAGCAUGAAAAGACUUUCAGCUAUCCUUUAGAGGUGAAGCUGGAGGUGCAGAACAGGAACAUUGUGGUGUCUUAUGGCCAGCGUGAUGGGAUCAAAGUGGGUCACACGCUUAUGGCUGUUAAUGGGAUGAAAGUCACUGGACAGCAGCUGGAGGAUGGUCGUGAUGCCAUGUUAGUGUUGGCUGAUGAAGCUAAUUAUCCAAUUAACCUCAAGUUUGCAAGACCUAGACUAACAACAAAUGAAAAAAUAUUCCAGGCAUCAAUGUUUUACCCACUAUAUGCCCUGGCAUGUCAGCUUAGCCCAGAACAGAGAAGCUCAGGCAUAGAGAUUCUAGAAGCAGAUAACUUCAGAAUGAACUGCUUUCAGACACUCACAGGGGUUAAAUUCAUGGUGAUAUCCGACGUCAAACAGACUGGUAUUGAUAACCUCCUCCAUCGAGUGUACGAGAUCUACUCAGAUUUUGCCCUCAAGAACCCCUUUUAUUCCUUAGAAAUGCCCAUCAGAUGCGAGCUUUUUGACGAGCACUUAAAGAGCGCUCUUGAACAAGCCGAGAGACUGGGGAUAAGUAACAUAUAAGUGAACUGUUUUGUAUCUGUAAGGUAUUAGGUAGAUAUUGUUUAAUGUAUAUAAUGUACAAGUGUGAUUCUGGGAAAGAUUAUAUGAAAUAUGCUUAAUUUGAUUUUUCUUCUAUAUGGAAUGUGUUUAAAGUAAAUCGUAAUAAAACAAAAAUUUA